CUGUCUCUGCCCUUGUCUCCCUCUAGCCUCAGUGUGUCACAACAGCGGAAAAGGCACUGGUGGAAUUGCAAGCUGAGGGGUAGAGAAGCUCGCAGGAGAAAAGAGCUACAGCUGCUGUCGCCAGGAUGCGUGAGUGUAUAUCAGUCCAUGUGGGUCAAGCAGGAGUCCAGAUUGGCAAUGCUUGUUGGGAACUUUUCUGCUUAGAGCAUGGCAUCCAACCUGAUGGUACUUUUGGCACCCAGACCAGCAAGAUCAACAAUGAUGAUUCCUUCACCACCUUUUUCAGUGAGACUGGCACUGGGAAGCAUGUGCCCCGGGCCAUAAUGGUUGACCUGGAACCCUCUGUGGUAGAUGAGGUUCGAGCUGGUACCUAUCGACAGCUCUUCCAUCCAGAGCAGCUGAUAACUGGGAAGGAAGAUGCUGCCAACAACUAUGCCCGUGGCCACUAUACCAUUGGCAAGGAGAGCAUUGACCUGGUGUUGGACCGAAUCAGGAAGCUGACAGACUCCUGUUCAGGCCUUCAGGGCUUCCUCAUCUUCCACAGUUUUGGUGGGGGCACUGGCUCUGGCUUCACCUCUCUGCUGAUGGAACGCCUCUCCCUGGAUUAUGGCAAGAAGUCCAAGUUGGAGUUUGCCAUUUAUCCAGCCCCUCAGGUCUCCACCGCUGUUGUGGAGCCUUACAACUCGAUCUUGACCACUCACACCACCCUGGAACACUCAGACUGUGCCUUCAUGGUAGACAAUGAGGCCAUCUACGAUAUCUGCCGUCGAAACCUGGAUAUCGAGCGUCCAACUUACACCAACCUCAACCGCCUCAUUAGCCAGAUUGUGUCCUCCAUCACUGCCUCCCUCCGCUUUGAUGGUGCCCUCAACGUGGACCUCACUGAAUUCCAGACCAAUCUGGUGCCUUAUCCUCGCAUUCACUUUCCCUUAGUCACCUAUGCGCCUAUCAUUUCCUCUGAGAAAGCCUACCAUGAGCAGCUUUCAGUAGCUGAGAUCACCAGCUCCUGCUUUGAGCCCAAUAGCCAGAUGGUAAAGUGUGACCCAAGGCAUGGCAAGUAUAUGGCCUGCUGUAUGCUCUACCGAGGGGAUGUGGUCCCCAAGGAUGUGAAUGUCGCUAUUGCUGCUAUCAAGACCAAGAGGACCAUUCAGUUUGUGGACUGGUGCCCUACAGGUUUCAAGGUGGGUAUCAACUAUCAGCCUCCAACAGUGGUACCAGGGGGAGAUCUGGCAAAAGUUCAUCGGGCUGUGUGCAUGUUAAGCAACACCACUGCCAUUGCUGAGGCCUGGGCCCGACUGGAUCAUAAGUUUGACUUGAUGUAUGCUAAACGGGCCUUUGUGCACUGGUAUGUUGGUGAGGGCAUGGAAGAAGGAGAAUUUUCAGAGGCCAGAGAGGACCUGGCUGCUCUGGAGAAAGACUAUGAAGAAGUGGGGACUGACUCAUUUGAAGACGAAAAUGAAGGGGAUGAGUUUUAAUUUAAAUUUAUAUAUAUAUAUAUAUAUAUAUAUAUAUAUAUAUAUUCCCCUUAUUGUCUAUGUUUCCUCAUUUUCAUGGCCUCUGCUCAAUGAAAUCUGACCCUCCAAAGAAGAUAGGCCCGACUCUCUGGAAUAGGUCCCUGAAAAUAACACCAAUAGGUUAGGCAGUUGCUAAUUGACUCAAGAAUGGAGAAUGACCCAUUCUUCACCCAGUCAACCAUCUCCUUUUGUAUGUUCAACCAGAUUUGGGUAUGCUGCCCAGGAAACAUGUAUGUCACCGUCUGAAGGCCUGAGUUCAGUGUUCCAAUUAAGUCCAAUGUAUACCUGGGUCAGGGUCCAAUCAAUAGUUUAAUUUUGCAGUUCAAGUUUGUAUCAGUAGCUCAAGGCAGUAGGGACUGGAUUAUAUUUAUUUAUUUCUUUUGGGGAAAAGCAGCAAGGCCUGGGGAUGGGGAUGGAGACAAGAUUAUGAAAUCCUGUGAUUAAAUAAAUAGAACUAAAGGAAUAUCUGAGUCCUCCCAUAUUUUUUUGGAAACUAGAAUAAUUGGUCAUUUUUCUCAAUGUAAAAGUAUCUAGAGGAUCUGGGUUCAAAUUUUAAUUUUUCUGUUUGC